CUUAGAACUCGGCCGAGUCGUCUCGGAGACACCACGGUGCUCUUGGCGUCGCACCCACCUGCGUUCUCCCCCUCCUCCCCCUCUCCUUCCCCAAUCCUAACCCUAAAUUUUGCGUCUCCUCCAAUCCAUCCAUCCAUCCGCCAUGACGAAUCACAACAGCAAGAAGCGCAGGCGACCCCUGAAGACCAAGAAAAGUAAGAAGAAACCCCCGGCGCUGCGACCGCAGAACGCGAACCCCGCCCAAGACGACGAUCCCGUCCUCUUCGGCGGCACCACCGACGAGGACCGACCCUCUGCCGCUCCCAACUCCGAAGUGAUCCAGGACCUCCUCGAGCUCUGCACCAAGGAGCAGCUGAUCGGCUUCCUCCUUGACGCCGCUGCCACCGACUCCGACCUCCCCGCCUGCAUCCGCGCCGCAGCCGACCGCGACGUCUCUCACCGCAAGGUCUUCGUCCAUGGCCUCGGCUGGGACGCCACCCGCGACGCCCUCCUCGAGGCCUUCGGCACCUACGGCCCCGUCGAAGACUGCAACGUCGUAAUCGACAGAGCCACCGGCUGCGCCAAGGGCUACGGCUUCGUCCUCUUCCGCACCCGCGCCGGCGCCGUCGAGGCCCUCAAGCAGCCGCAGAAGAGGAUCAGGAACCGACCCGUGUUCUGCCAGUUCGCUGCAGUCGGCCCCGCCUCGACCGGAGACACGGCCGGGAGGAAGGUUUACGUGAGCAACGUGCCCGCGAACGCAACCCUGGAUAAACUGAGGUCGUUCUUCUCUCGUUUCGGCGAGAUCGAGGCGGUGCCUUCUGGUUUCGACAUGCACACGGGGAAGUGGAAGGGUUAUGCCAUCUUUCUCUACAAGAAACUGGAGGGAGCCAGGAAGGCGCUCGAGGAGCCCUACAAGGUGUUCGAGGGCCACCGGCUGCACUGUCAGCCGGCUGCUGAGCCUUCCCAAAGAGGGAAAGCACCAGCUCCGUCCACCAACACCGCUUCCUCGGUCGCUUUGUUGGGACCGGCCCCGCAGCCGGUGCUGGCGGCCGUGGCGGCUACGCAGAAUCUUAUGUUGUACCGCCAGAACCCCGCAUACGCUGCACUGCUGGGGCGUAAUCCGCUUCUGGCAGCCGCGGCCCUCGAUCCUACUGCAGCUGCAGCGCUUAACCCAGCGGCGGGAGCAGGAUUGCUUUCGCCUCUGGGACAGGGACUGGGGGGAGUGGGGUUGGCAAGCGGAGCUCCUUCGCUCCUUGGGCCGUAUGGUUCUCAAGGAGCGACAGGUUUGCAUGGUAUGCAAUUGCACCAGGUGUCUCAGCUCCGGCAGUCAUCACCCACAAGGCUUAGCGGCUAGCUGGUUCUCGUGAGGAUUUCCUUCACAUCUCUUGUAACUGAUGUUUUCUUGAUUUUUCUUCAAAGAUUUUGUGUGUUACCUCUCUCUCUCUCUCUCUCUCUCUCUCUCUCUCUCUCUCUCUCAAUCUCCAUUCUAUUUAUUUUAUAUGUGCCUUUUAAGGGGCUUAGCUUCUUGUAUCAGAAACAAGAAGGUACAAACCUUUUGUUGUUUGUUUUGCCUUUGGAUAUUUAAAUUAGACCAUACAAAAGCAUUUUUGUUUCAGUAAUUUUUUUUCGGUUAAGGAUUACUAAUUUCAAAUACAUAAUAUUAGCCAUCACAUUCAGCCGUCCUUUUUUUCCCUUCUGUUUGAUAAUUGUGAAGAUAUUGAAGAUGGUUUGUUUUCUGAAACCUAAAGACCUACUACAGUUUAAUUCAACGAAAUUAUAUUAGUUGGGGCACUGUUACACGCAAUUGGGAAUUAAAGUGUUUGAUGCUUUUCAUUUGGAAGAUGGUUAGAAGAUUUCCAGAAGGCUUCCAUGGAGCCUCAUCUUGUCGAGUUGCUGCAGGACUUUCUAGUUCCUAGUAGCAAAGCACAUUCUGGGCAUACACAUUGUAAUGUGGUAAUCAACCAUACAUAUAGCGAUGCACACCCAAGAGUAUGGGUCUAACUUAAUCCGCUUGAAAAACAAAAAGGUUUGUGUGUAAAUUUAGUUUGUUGUUCAGAUGUGGACCCUUGAUAUGCCUGGUAAGAUCAUCUAUAACGAGAGAAAAAAGAUAAUGGUGAUGCAACUUUUACCUUGUUAACACACUUUGGACGGUGAUAUCUGAGGUCAAGUGGGUAGUGUGUGUUUAAAACCCACUGAAAACAUCAGGUGUGUGGGUGUACAUUGGGCGUGUUACCAGAAUGCCUGAUAUUUUCUACUUGAUUUAGCUCCAAAUCCCUUUAAAGUAAAGUGAGUAGGGACUGAACCAUAAUAUAUACCUGAAGACCCAAGUGGGUGUAUCUUUUGGUGGGUGGUAACUGGUCAGAUCCCAAGCGAAUUUUAUGUUUAAUCGAGAGUGGUGACUUAGAAUAUAGUAUCACUAUGUUAUCAUUAAUAUGCUGACAUCUUGUAGUUUAUUGUCUAUAUAAGUUAUAAUUAACUAGUUAUGGUGAAACUAAUACAUGUGUAUGUUUAUAUAUACCCUGUACAAUGUAAAAUUAAGUUAUCAGCUGCAUAGUUGCCUAAACCACUGAAAAAUUCCCCCUAGACUAGCCAAAAUGGCCAAAGUUAUUGAAACUACUUUUUAUCAGUGAAAAAGUUACUGUAUAGAACUCUGAAAAUUAAAAUUCUAAGUUGAGCUGCCAACUAGUUUCUAAAGAACUAUUAUAUAAUAGUUCGAGGCAUGUGAAAUAGUUGUGAAUACUUUGUUUUUAGUACCUUAGUUGAUGAAGAUGAGCAAUUCUGCUCUAGAAUAUGAUUGGUAAGAAUUUCAAAUCCUUGUAUCAUUUUUUUAUACAAUGAUUCUUUACUUUUUAAUAUCUAUGAAUUUUUAAUGAAUGACCUUUUUCUAUCAUUUCUUUCUACCUAUUAUGUAGUUUAACCAUUUGGCGGUUGCUCUUUUCCCCUCUGUUCUAUUUGUUUAUUGUGGAAUAUUGGCUUUUAGCCAUGCUAUUUACCAUAUCAGAACAUAAUCAGUAUGUACAACAAUUAUGAUUCAUUUCUUUAGUGAAACCUGCCGGUUUAGAAAAGUUCAUGAGAUAUUUUAUUCUGAUUUUUUGAUGUACUUUGGACCCUCAUUUACAGAUGUGAUGAAGCAAGUACAUGUUAUCAUCUUCAAACAUUAUAGCAUUCUAUGGAUGCAGUUCAUUUCUUUAGUGAAACAUGUUGGUUUAAAAAAGUUUAUGCAGCAUUUUCUUCCACUUUGUUGACAUACUUUGGACCCUCAUUUGCAGAUGUGAUGAAGCAAGCACUUUCUUAUUAUAUGAUAGCACUUCAACAAGUGUGAUGACGCAAGUACGUGGAGGAACUUAUUGGCAUCCUCAAGGGUGUUUCAGGAGGUCACAUGAUAAUUACGUAUGGAUCUCACUUUUGAAAUGUCCUUGACUUCUUCUAAUCUAAUUUCACCUUGUCUCGUCUAAGCUCUCUGUGGAACUUAACAGAGUUUAUCCUGCUACUUUAUUACUAUAAUUAUAAUAUUUUAUGUGUUUUUUAUAUAUGAUUUUUCCAAGUGCUCUCGUGGAAUUAUCUUUCUAUUUGGUUUAAUUAUUUUUCAUAUUGUCAAUCUUCUCAACUCCUUUUUAGUUCUUUACAUUUAGAUGAUUUUGCUUUGGGUUGGUACUUGCUUAUUUUGUCAUUCUUCUGCUGUCAUGUAAGCAUGUAUAUGGUUACUGCUGAAUUGAUCCCGUCACUUUUCUUUCAAGAUUACUUUAGAUGGCUUCUUUAUUUGGCUUAGUGUUUGCUAUAUGAGAAAACUUACUUUUUGCACCUUGUUAUGGAUUGUGGAAAAACACCAUACUACCUAAAAGUACAUUUUGAACCGGAGUUGAUUAUGAUGAGUUUCUUUUUUAUAAUUUGUACAUGAAAAUUUUGGUUGAAAGUUUAAUGUUGUGCAGCUUACACAAUAUCAUCGAAAAGGUGUUUCUUUUUUCUAAUUUAUUUUUUGUCUGCUUUAAGGAAUGUUCUUUUCGUUGCAUCAUUUCUUGCAAAAAUUUAGUGUAUUUAUGGCAUUAGCAUUCUUAAUUUAUAAUUUAAAACUAACCUCAUUUCCAAACAUGUCUUGUGUUUCCAAAACUGUCUUCCCAAAUUUUCUCAUUUUGUGGUAUUGGUGGUGAACAAGUUGAGGGUCAUUUUCAGUGACAUUUUCCUUUCCAUUGAGACAUUUUAUACAGCAGGCAAAUUUGCUUAAAUGUUAGUCCUCUGGAUAUUAACAUAUACAUCACUAUCAAUAUAGAUCGCAUCCAUUAUUAUUUGUAUGUGCAGUUCUUCAUGUCAAAAUAUAUUUGAUGGUUUGUGAUCCAUCACUGAGAUUUCCAUGCUUUUGUUCUCAUCUUCAUAAAGUAGUGACCAUUUGAAACUCGAAUAUCAUAGAUGGGUGAUAACUGUUCUGAAAUCUGUAGAAGUGGUGAUCAUUUGAAAUUUGGAUAUCUUCGAUGGGUGGUAGCGACACAUCUGCAUGUAUCAGCACUAGUAAGAUUCAUCAUACUGGGGAGAAUGUUUGAUCGUUUCUGUCGACUCGAUCACAUCCACCCUAUGACUGCAAGUCUCUUAACUCAGAGAACUUAGCGCUGUACCUAGGUGGCACUCAAUUCAAUUCCAUCAUAGAAAUCAUAUUUGCUCUUCUACAUGUCAUAGUAUGAUUCAGCUUUCUGAUCAUGGAAUCCAUAUAGUUUUAUGAUUAUGAAAUUAAUUGUGUUUGUUAUGCGGCUAGCUGUAGACUCUAUAUAGCUUAUACAAACAGAUCUCCUGAG